AUGCAUACCGUCGAGAAGAUGCCGAAUGCACCGACGAAGCGACUCGGCGUUGACCUGAAUGUUGAUACUGGCUAUAAGGCAAAAAGAAGAGGAAGCAUAUCUCCGCCCCAGACACCGGAGGCGCAGGCUUCCAGUCCAGAAAAUAUUACUUCAUCGAAUCGGGCGCUUAAUCUGCGGAAUGGAACAGGGCAUACAUUUUUAGAUGACAUUACACCAGUUGAUCCUUCCAACAAAGAAAAUGAUCCUGAGAAUGUACGAAAUAACCGGGAUUCUCACGACCUCUCCCUUUCUCCCCGACAAGUUACCCGCGACUCAUUGGUAGAUCAUAUGCUACUUUCCUUAGACCAAUUCUCUUUCGGGCAGGAAGAUUUUAGCUUGCGCAAUCCUACACUUGACGAAGAUCGAUUAUAUUCCUCCUUCGGUGAUGAAGAACCAUAUCAAUCGCCUCAAAACUUCGCAGCUAGAGGUGGCAGAGGGCACGCUUACUCCUUCAGUUCCGACUACGAUCCAGCAGACGAUUCAAGUCAUUAUUCGGACAAGAUUUCUCGCAGCCGAAGAAGCAAUAGCAGUUCCAACUUCCAAACUGGGUUGACCAGAAUCAAUAGUAUACGCAACGAUACAGGUGGAUCACUUAGAGGACCUCCGAUUCCACAUCGAGGAGGGAGAAAGAACACCGGUAGUAGUGUGGGAGUAAGGUGGGCGCAUGGUUUAGCAGGAAGGUCUUCGAGCUUUGAUUACGGAAGCGGUCACCAGGCAACUUCACAAUUAAAUGCAGGAAGAUAUAUCAAUACAAAUGUACCUUCGACUCCUACAUACGACUACGACGCCGCUCCCACACCCACAGUACCUGGUGGUCCACGACGCCCUCGACCUACAUCCCCAAUUUUGGUCUCAAGACCCGACCCUAGCCUUAUCGAUCCCCCAAUGGAGAAAUUAGAAAGAAAAAGGAGCGCAAAAUCCUCGAAGAGCGCAUACAAGUCGAAGGGGUUCACGAAUACUGCCAGGCAUGACUAUGGUCUAAAUCUAAAUGAUCGCAGUAAAGAAUUGCCACCCAUGCCAGCAUUCAUCAAAGAGCAAUCUCCGCCAAAUUGUGGGUCAUAUUCAAAAACAAAAGAUAUUCUCGGGUCGCCGCAAGCUUCCACUCAAAUGCCCAAGGAACGACCCGGAUUCUUCAGAAGGGUUUUCGGUUCUUCCAGGAACAACAAUGUUGCGGUACCCGACCCACCACCGUCGCACGGUUCCACUACCUCUACUGAAACGGCGGAUCAUCCAGGUAGCAAAACUCACAUUGCUAACCAGAUGAAACCUAACAACGUAGCACCGCCUCGAGAAAAUCCGCAAGCCCCAAAAGAACAACCGCAUGUCAUUACCAAAAAACCAUCAUCAUUCUUCCGAAGGCGUAAGAAGUCGGUAUCUGAGCCCGAACCCAUCCCCGUUCCACCAAUGCCGUUGCCACCCAUGAAACUCGAGCCGCACAAAUUGCGACCAGACAUUCCAGAUUGGCAACCUGAGGCUAGCCCCGUCAGUAGUCUUCGCCAAGUCAUGAAUCCAUACCUUCAUAGCCCAGGGAGACCUCCUAUCGAAGCUCAUGCACCAACGGCUAGUCUCGAUCGGCAAGUUAAUGAUAUUUCCGAUGAUGUUGAAAAUAGACGCCAUGUAAGAGGCUUUUCUCCAGACUACGAUCCAGACCCAAAUGCUACCAUCAGACAAAUACCUCCUUCGAAACCAGCGUCGUCGCAUGCCGGAGAUAGUCGCAAGCCAUCUUAUUCGUCCAUCAAACAACCACGUAGAUCGGCAAGUACCAACUUGGCAAUACCUGGUGGAUUCGACGGGCAGGCCAGAGAAGAACGUGAACCAUUUUUCCAAGGUUCUACCGAGAACGAUCGUGACGCGAAGUUUAAGUUAGAGAUCACGAAAGAUGUACCUGGUAAUACACCGUUACCCAGUACGACAUCUCCUGGUCACUCUCCUUCGGUGGCGAGAGAUAUCGCUCUUGUUGCGGAAUAUGAAAGAAUACAUUCCAAACGUUCUCCAACGUCCUCCAAAGUUCUACCAAAAUCAGAGCCUAAGGUAGCAGAGCCUUCUUUGAAUUCACCUCUAAGCACGGUGAGUUCUAAUGACAGUCAGGAACUGCCAGCAGGUCCUGCCAAAGAAGAAGAUUGGGUCGUUCUUUCUCCUUCUAAAUCCCACUUUCCAGAGAAAGAUCGUGUUUGGUUGGAACCUGGAUCGUCUGAAGAUGAUCUGCCAGGUACAAAUACCUUGAAACCUAAUUUCGCAAACUCGAUUGCAGCUACAGGAUCUACAGAUACCAUAUACAAAUCGGCUGUCAGUCUACCACUGUUGCAAGUUGAGGGACAAGAAGAAGGUCCCCCUUCCAGUCCACCUACUAUGUCCGAUAGAGAAGAUAUUGAGCCAUUUGAUGACUCUGAAUCCGAAGGAGUUGACGACGCACAACCUACGGAAGAAGACCUGAUUAGAGCACAGAAAAUUUACGAUGGCAAUGAGGAUUUCAUUCAAAAAGAAAAGGCGACCGCAUGGAUGGGAGAUGAGGGAGCUGUUCGAGCAAGGACGCUAACAGCUUAUAUGAGCCUUUAUGACUUUACGAAUCUUAAUAUUCUUGCCUCGAUGCGUGUAAUGUGUGGCAGAUUAGUGCUCAAGGGUGAAAGUCAACAAGUUGACAGAAUCUUGGACGCGUUCUCAAAGAGAUGGUGUCAGAGCAAUCCCUAUCAUGGGUUUAAAGCUACUGAUGUCGUACAUACAAUUUGUUACUCAGUUCUUUUGCUAAACACGGACUUGCAUCUUGCCGACAUUGAACAAAAGAUGACUCGUAGUCAAUUCAUCAAGAAUACAAUGCCUACGAUCCGUCGAAGUGUGGUAGAGUCUGCGCAUGAAUUUGAGCCUAGUAGGCCUACAGUGCUCCCUGGAAAAAGCUCUGCUUUUGAUGAUCCUCACGUCAACGACGAGAACUCUGACGCUGUAUCAAUUGAAGCUUUUGAAAAACCUUCUUGGAGGUCUUCAUUCAAGCCUGCGCCACGUCCAGAUCCUGAUAAUCCAAGUGCCCCCACACCUUUAGAUUAUGAUACUCCCAUGGAUGAUUGUGGCCCCUUGGUCAAGGCACCUUUCCGAGGAACGCUACGUACAUGGGAAGUACAGGUUGAGAUUGUUCUUAAGGAUUUUUACAAUUCUAUCCGGAAUGAUCGGCUUCCAUUAUUCGGCGCCGUUGAUAGGUCACAAAUGCCGGCUUCAUCAUCUAGCACUCUCUCAGUAUUCACCAAUGGCAUGUUGCGCCGUUCCCCUAGUGUUCUGAGUAAAGCUCCCUCAGAAUCACCUAGUUAUAUUCGUGGAAGAACAGCAGAGACCGUACGCACAAAUGGGAAGUGGAGCAACAAGACCAGAUCGAGACCUCGUUUAUAUCCUAACUCCGGAAUGGGAUCUAGUCGAACUAGUCUUGAUGAUCAAUCAUCUAUGUGGAGUCCUUCGGUAUCGUCUAGUACUUGGAGCAAGUAUUCUCUUGGCAAACAUACCUCGAUGUCCGUGGACUCUCUUGGUUCGGCAUUCCAAGGCGAUUAUCAACAAUCUAUUGGAUUCGCCAAUGCUCUCAGCCAAGCAAUUAUCCGUGAAGAGACGGUCCAUAGCUCAGGAAGUAGGGGCAGUGAUCAUGAAGAACUUCGUGUUGCCCCUUUACUUGAUGAUGAAUCUUUAGAAUUGGCUGGUGCACCGUGGGCAAAGGAAGGUAUGGUCAAGCACAAGCAUCAUUUGGAAGCUCUCGACAAGAAAGCCAAGGAUCGUAACUGGAUUGAAACAUUCGCUGUUAUCGAAAAAGGCUACAUGAGCUUGUUCUCGUUCUCUACUAAGAACGUCCGCAAGACUAAGGGUAAAACUAGUGGCGGAGUUGUUGGUGGUGGAAAUUGGCAAGAGAAUGCCGAAAAUCUUGGUUCAUUCCUCCUCCGCCAGACUAUCGCUAGUGCCCUUCCUUCACCAGGCUACUCCAAAGCUCGCCCUCACGUCUGGGCGCUUUCCUUGCCCACCGGAGCAGUACAUCUCUUUCAAGUAGGCACAGCAGAUAUCGUCAAAGAAUUUGUCACAACAGCCAAUUACUGGAGUGCUCGGUUAUCAAACCAUCCUCUUGUAGGUGGUAUCAGUAAUAUCGAAUACGGCUGGUCUGAUGAGAUUGUAAAUAACGCCCUAGUCACUGCGAUUAACGAACAGAAUACCAGACCAUCAACUUCUGGCGCUAGGCCCAGCAUGCAGAGCUCUCUACGAUCAAGCUUGGAUCACGGCUAUGUAGGAGGGGUUAGAUCAAGAUUGCCAGGUGAUAGAAUUGCUAUAAAUGAUUGGAGUCCUCCAAUACAGAGCAUGAGAGCUAGUAACUUGAUGGAGCCGGAUCAGUUGAAAACACUGACUGCUUAUGUGCAGAGUAUUGAAGAAGAAUUGCAGAAACACAAUAUGUUGAGGAAUCCAAUGCUUCUAGCUUAUUCACCGCGUCAUCCUAACGCACAAAAAGCAAUGGCGAAUUGGGAAAAGAAAUCCUCAUAUUUGCUCCGCGAAAUCGUAAAGUUCACAACAUACAUUGAUAGUUUACAUGCAGCCGAAAUCGGCAGACAAAGAAUCUAUCAUGAAAGAGCGGCACAUCAAGCCGUCGCCGAGGAAAAAAAUGAAGAUGAGGAAGCUGAAGUUGAUACCACAAUCACUGGAUGA